AAUAAUUAGUUUUAUUUGGCAAAAUACCCUUUCAUCCUUCAUGCGGUGGCGGCGGAAGGGUCGACGAACAAGAGCCGGAUCGCAGCGAAGAAUCGGUGGCGGUGACGGUGCUCUUAGGCCUCUCAUCGGACGACGGCAAUCAGUGGCAGCGACCUAGAACUGCUGCGAACGCCGAUUGUACUCUCCUUCAAACAGGUAGAGAUCCGACGAGGAGAUGUGGCUGUUCACCUUCGCCGAUCAAGCUUUAUGAGCUUUGCUCCGAUCAGUUUUGGUCCGUGUGUUAAUCAUUCGUGGAUUUCUCAGUCUAUUCCUUCUAGAGGGGGAAGAGAGGCUCCUGGAUUGAUUCUUACAAACAAUCGAAUGAUUUGUUCAAUGAAUCGAAUAAUAACAACUCAAGCUCUUCAAGUUCAUCUAUUUCUUCAAGCUCGAUCUUCGUUUCAGAAGGUGUAUGAAAAACUAUAAUUGGUGCCUUCGUGGUGUGCUAUAUCAGCUUACUGAUUUACUUCUUGCUAGUAAAUGCACAUUGAGUUAUGAUAUUUUCUUUUUCCUUGUGGCUUGGUUCUUCUGCUUCCACAUAUAGGUUGAUACAGAAAAAUCUGUGUUCUUCGGAAAGCAAAUAUGCCGCUUAAAAACUUGACAGUAUAUCGUGCUAAACAGCAAGAACUCCAAAAGUUUAUUUAUGGCAGACAAAGUGGGCUUCAGGAGCCAGUCCAGCUUUCAGUUUUUUCAGGGUAGAUUAUUAUUAGGUCAUUCAAGGUUUUUCCAUUCUCUAGCUGCUGCUAUAGCAAAUCUAUAUAUAGUUAAUGAAAGGAGGAAUCACCCAAUUGCUGGAGCAUUUUAUUGUGCUGUUUACAUUCCAUCACUUUCUGGACCUGGAUUUCAAGUAUGUGGCUAUCAUAUCAAUCACUUGAUAUCCUAUCAUGCCCAUCUUUCUUCGGGUAUUGUAUCUAGUAAGACACCAAUGGCUGCUUAUGGUUCUAGACAUUAUUCUCUCUUUGACUAUUCUUCAAGUAAAAGUUCUUCUUGGUACCCCCAAUUUGGUUUAUCAGUGAAUAGUUCACUUUUUUCUAAAGGCUAUGGAGGAUUUGAGAAUUUUAGAAAAGAUUGCAUGAGUUUGAGGAAGAAAGAUCAGUUUAAUUUCUUCAUUGUCCAUGGAUAUUUUGCAUAUGUUGCUGCAAAUAGAAGGGAUGAUGAUUGUCCACUUCAAGGAUUUGGAUUGAAUGGCUUCCACAGAUUUUCGCCUGCAUGUCUCUCUAAUGGAACUGCUCCUGAUGUGUCCUUUGAUAACUUGGUGUUUGGGGACCAAUUUGCAAAUUCAGCUGACUCUAUGGAAGAGGACAUAUGGACUGGUCGGAGCCUGAAGCUCCGUUCUGGAUCAUUUGAUCAGCUUCAUCCCGACAAAGAAGCUAUUGGAGGAGAGGAUGUUCAUGUCAUACGUGGGUAUGAACAAGCAAUCUGGGUUACUGAUGGUGUGGGUGUGCUUGAUGAGCUUGGGAUUGAUGUGUGGCAGUAUGCACGAGAGCUAAUGUCUAACUCUGUGUCAGCCCUUCUGGAAGAACCAAAAGGUUCUUCUACUGACGCUCCCAGGGUCUUGGAGAAAGUUCACAUGCCUAAAAAAGCAAAACACGCUUCCACUGCUUCAGCCAUUGCCCUUACUAAUCAGGCCCUACUCUCUUCAGAUCAUCCAACCUCCACCUGUGGGAAACGAAACGCGGCAAGGCCCCGAUUCUACAGCUCGAAUUCCAAGGUGGUGAACUUGAGAGCGCUGAAGCCAUUGAUAAUGAAGAAGGUUCAGAACUGGGCCAAGGACUAUCGUUUCGAUGACACUGCCCCAGUGGCCCAGGAAGUCCUGAAUUCGCGGGCUUUACUCUAUCGUGGCGUCUCCACUCUCCUCCACCAUUUGCCGGUCUGGGCCUGCGAAUACUGUCCAGAAGUGUACAUCGGAGAGAGAGGGCAUCUCAUUCGUACUUGUUGUGGUCCCCGCCGCCACCUUGCAAAGAUCAAGCCUCAUAAAUGGAUCGAAGCAUGCCUUAACGACAUCCUAGUUCCAGUAGAAGCAGUUCGUAAUGCCAGAGGAAAAAUACGAAUUCCAGCAGUCGUAGAACUCUGCUUACAAUCAGGAGCCACUCAAAGUGAUCUUCAACAAAGUGAACAUGCAGAGUCAGGAAAUGGUUUCGAAACCACAGUUUCAUCAUCCCAUGAGGAACUGGAGCUGGUAGCAAAAGAGACACUAAACGCAUAUGAAACGCUUAGAAAUGGAGUGCAGAAGCUGAUGAUGGUUUUCCCAACAAAGGUAUGCAAACACUGCUCAGAAGUUCGCGUGACGCGACGACAUCAUCAAGUGGACAAACAUUGGCAUGAGGGUCACUUGUGGGAGAAGGCCGAAGUGGACGAUUUAGUCCCUCCAAAGAUAGUAUGGUUCAGGAGACCUCAAGACCCACCAGUGCUGCUGGAUGAAGGGCGGUGCUAUUACGGGCAUGCUCCGGCCGUUAUAGAUAUGUGCAUUAGGGCAGGCGCUGUUGCACCAUCUAAAUACUUUGCCAUGAUGAAAGACAAUGGCAUACCUACACCACCUGUCCAGUAUGUUUUUUAGUAUCUUUACAUUCAUUUGAAAUAGGUAGUUUUGGAAAUUUAACCUAGUGUAAGAUACAACCCAUAAGAAAUCAUCAAUUAAUACCUUUAUUUUUAGAUGUUUUAACAUGCCAUAAAAGCAUAUAUAUAUAUGUAUUGCAUUCAUUUCGUUCUUUCCAAUGAAAUAUGAAACCAUUU